AACGAAGCCAAAAGGCAAGAAACACAGCCAAAACAAAAGAAUACUUAUUCAUCACAAGCGAUGGAAAUUGUAAGGGAUUCUAUACAAAAUAUGUCAUCGUCCAUAAAUAAUGAAAUGUUACAAAGCCUAAAAACUUUUAGCUUGGUUGCUUACGACACUGAUGAUUAUUUUGUUAUUAACUCAAAAACUAUAACACAACUCCAAGGCAGUGAUUGUGUUGUGAAAUAUAGAGGUGGUUUUUAUUCUGCAAAACUAAUUGCAUCUUAUGAUGACAAAAAGAAACUUCUGGAAUUAAAGCGAAUGAAAAGAAGACAAAGUCACUCAAAACAUGUAGACCAAAAGCCUACAUAUGAAAUAAAUAAAUGUAUACCAAAUUCUACAACAAAUGUCCAGAAGAGUUCAGAACCAGAAAUUAUAAAUGACAAUUCAAUGGAACUACAAAAUAAAAACCAUCACGAAACAUGGGAGAAGAUUCAAAUUAUUCAUCAUAUGUAA